AUGCCAAUCGAUAUGUCUGCUGCAACGUUCGCACCUGCGCCGUGGACAAGAGCUCCAGUAUCAACCAUCUACUCGCAAGAAUUGAUUGACCCACUGGAUUCCACUGUACCUUCAGCAGUUCAUUCACCGGACUCAUCAUAUUCUGAGACGUCCCCAGAUUUUCAAUCUCCCACUUUCCCCUUAGAUCAAGCAUUCGAGUAUGAUAACAGCCACGAGGAGAUCCAAGCGGAAGAGUACGAUGAGGUGAGGGAACAAGAAGAAGAGGAUGAGGAAGUACCCAGGUGGGGUAUGGGUCGAAGGCCGUCAUGGGCUUUAUCAGCUGGUGGAUCGGUCAUAUCAAUGUCCCCCAGGGGAAGUUUUAGCUCGAGGGCCGGGGGAAGUUUCUCUGGAAGUCUAGAUAGUCGAAGAGGAUCAUCAAUUUCUAUGUCAUUGACUAAAGCACCCAAAUUGCCUUUCGAAGCUCGUCGAAAAUCAAAUCCUAGCUUGUUAGGUUUCGACCUGGCCGAACAGAGGAGAAGAUCAAGUGCGAAAAGUCAACAUUCUUUGACUCGAAGGAGGUCUAGUGCGCUGUCAUCGGCAAUGUUCAGAUCUCGUAGAAAUUCAUCUCUUAUUGAUGCAAUGGAAGAAGCCCGCCUGAGGAAUAUAGCUAGUUUAGAUUUGCUUCGAAGGAGGUUUUCAGAGGUGGUGGAAGUGACUCAUGGAUAUAGUGAUGAAGAGGAUGAUUUAGAUGGUGCAUGGGAUUACCAAGCUUGGUCAUCAUGUACGGAAGAUUACGAUACGGAAUACGAUGACGAUUCCGAAAUCCAUACUGAAUCGUAUGUCCCUUCACCGGAUUCAAGAAACGGCGCAUUCCUUCCUGCCUUGUUCUCAAAUUACCCUCUAGAGUCGGUUGCAGUUGCUCCUACCUCUGUAGCUCCGGAUGAUAAUGGAUUGGACCUAUCGUCAGUCAGCCCAUCAUCACUAUUACAAGCCCCCACAUUCACCCGAGAUGAUAUUACCCUUGAGAGGAUCGGUACUCCUCCUCCAUCAGCUCAGCCCAACGCAAUCUUACGAGAUCCAAGUAGACCUUCACUCAACCGAGCGAUCACCAGUUAUGUCGCACCGCGCACAGUGGGUGUACCGCCCGGUGCUGCCCCACCACGACCAGGUCUAGCUAGAUCGGUCUCCAAUCCUCAUGUAACCACAUCAUCAUCCUCAAAGGAGGCCAUCCAUGCAUUGGAGCUUCGAGCGGCAGGAUCGUUCCCUCUAGCCAGAACUACACCUCUUGGUGUAUCUCCUUUAAGAGAAAGUCUGAGACGUCAAUCGGUAAUCUCUGACGGCGGCGAAUCGUCAAGACGAAGUUCUCUGGGUGAAAGAAGAAGAAGCUCAUUAGUCCCUGGUAUGAGCAUAGGAUCUAGGAGAACUACCAGGAGUGGAUCAUUCAAUGGUUCGGAUAUCAACGAUGCUUCUAGGAGAGCCUCAUUAGCCGAGAGAAGGAUGUCGUUGGUCAAGGAAAGUGCAUUUAGGAGGAUGUCAGGGUCAAACGGUACAAGGAGAUCUUCAACUAGGAAGUCGUCCGAGGUCGAUACGAGAAUGAAGCCGGGUAGACCGUCAACCAGUAAUGAGUCUGUACUAAAUGACUCUCGGAACUCUUCAAUAGUCAGUAUAGGUGAAUAUGGUUAUUUGGCACCUCAAAUCGUCAUUGAUGGUCCCAAAGUGGCACCUUCAUCUUCAACGUCGACUAAUCCAGUACGGUCUGAAGAAAUUCCACUUUCUGUACCCGGACACAAAUUACGAGCCAAUGCACCUUCUUCGAUCGCUCUUCCAUCUUAUACCUUCCCUUCAAUGAAUUCGCUUACUUCACCUACAUCACUAUCACCUACGUCCACUACCCCAAAUUCCGGGCCUUAUGAUCCGAUGAUCACACCUACUACAUCGAGAAGCUAUUUCGCCUCUGAGAGCUCUGGGUCACCCAAGACGCCUCGAGGAAUUAACAUGAUAAUAGAUCGAGGCAGACCAAUUCCAUCGCCUGAAUAUGACGCGGCAAAAGUACUACCUUUCAAAGAUACCUCUGAACCUAAGGAGGAGGUAAUAGUCAGACUUGGUGACCGAUCAAGUGCAAGAAAGGUACUGUCUAUAGAAGAUAUGCACUUGGUCUUGGAUGAUGGCCCUUCGGCUUCGAAUGCCGUUCCCAAGGAGGUGAAUGUCAGUGGUAACAAACCUGGAUUGAAGAGAUACCCUACGGAUAUACAAUCUCCACCUGGAUCUGGAUCAGGAUCGGUACAGAGUCAAAGACCAAGCUUGUUUAGAGGACUUUCAUUCCCUAUUUCCAAUGAUUCGGUCAAACAAGGAUACACAUUCCCUCCUCACACUGACAUAGCCACUGCCACCACUACUACCCCAAUCGCAGCAUCGACAACAAAGAGAGAUGGCGGUAGAGGUAAUGAAUCCUAUCAGUUCCCUCAAUCUGAUGGAUUGGCAAACAAGGGCAAGAACAAAGUACAACUCUCGGUUCAAGUUCAAACUCAAAAUUCUUCUACUUUACCCAAAAAUAGAUCAAUCACAAUUAUAGAACCUCCUUCACCUCGUUCGGCAAAACCUAAAAUGGGAGAGAGGACAUCUUCGUUUACGAGGUUCUUUCAAUCCAAAUCUAAGAAAGUGUAA